AUGUCCCACCAUUCCCUUUCUGCUGUGUUCUUCUUAUUCACGUUAUUCUUCCUAUUUAAAGUCAGUAUUGCUUCUGCUGCUGCUCUUCUACCCGAUAUCGUUAAUAAUGAUGAUAAGACGAAUGAAACCAUAACAAGUGGUACCCAAGCUCGUGCUGCUUCCACUGAUAGCAGUCUAGCUACAGCUGUUGUCAAUACACAGGUGUUAACAAUUUUUCAAUACCAAGGUACACGAGUCUAUGUCUAUAGUGCGCUUUCAAAUGAAAAUGAAAACAAAGCCGAACCACAGAAAUGGGUAUUCUACUAUGUACCGACUAUGGUUCCUGUCAUACAACAACAGCAACAAGGCAAUAAGGAUACUUCUUCGUGGGUCUGGUCUGUCAACAGUGAAAUUCGUUUGGCACUAUCAGUGGGUACCGACGAAACUGAUGAAUUGGCACGGCAAGCAACCAUUGCAAAGUAUUCUUUAUCAAUUUCACAAUAUUCAAAAUAUUGGACUAUUGCACCAUUGAUGAUCGACUCCCUAAUGGCCUAUAUUGUUAAUGCUGUAUCAUCACCUGUUCAAGGUGUCACUCCAUAUCGAACCGUGAAUCCUAAUUCCUUAACAAUCAUAUUCCGUUUUGAAUGUAGUUCGCAAUCCAAUGCUCAGUUGAUUAUACCAAAGAUUAAAAAUGGUGAUUAUAGCAUUAAAAUUGCAUUCUACUUUGCCGGAUUCAAUCAAGUUACAACCAAUUUUGUAUCAAUUACAGCUGAACAAUUAAAAAAUGUGUUGAGUAAAACAACAGCUGAUGGUGGUAAUACAAAUGCACAGUAUAUACAUCGAAAUCAAGCUGGAAAAUUUGUUGGAAAAUAUUUAAUAAAUGUAAAGAAAAUGAUGUAUGUUGAGAAUUCCAAUGCGAAUGUUACGUCAUUAACUGAUGGUUUUGAAGAACAAUUCAUUUCACUGUUAGAACAAGGUAAUUCAAACGUAGCACAAAAGAUAGACACGCGAUAG